UCAGUUCACUCGCCAGGCUGUCCAAACGGUGGUUCUCAACAUGUCGUAGAGCGUGCCUGGGGCGCGUCUUUCGCUUCCUCCUCUCCUCAGGACAGCAGCUCCAGUAGGCUCGAGGCCAAUGCGGACAUGGCUGUUAAGACUUCUUUUUUUUAACAUCAAUUUCGUUUUGAACUCGAUUUAAUUAAUCGAACCGAUCGUGACCGAUCGUCGUUUUUAUCUUUACUGUACGACUUCAGGCUUCAUCGAAAAUGCACUUUGAAUUGUAUUGGAAUUUUCCAAAACAUUUUGCGUCCUAUGUUUUGGAGCCGACUUCUCCUCCAUCUGCUACCCGGACACGCGUAAAAGUUUGAUGUUUUUUUUAAAGAGAAAGAAGGGAAGAAGAAUGGCAUCCAAUGAUCGGCUAUUUGAGCUAUGGAUGUUGUACCACACGAAGGAAGCUGGAGUGAAGCAGAAUGCCAAGCAGUAGAGAACAGCACAGCUGCACGGCUCAUCACGGCAUGGCUGGAGAGAAAAGAUGUGGGCUCUCUGCAACAGUGGCUGGAGGCGUUUGUGGCGUCCUUCGAGAGGCUUAUAGAUGUGCAUUCCCUGGAGCCCCGGAGGCUAGAGGAGGACAGCUCAGAGGUCCCCUUGCUGCCCAGAGAGGUCCUGGUGUUCCUCAGCACCCAGCUAUGGCACAGUGCCCUGCACCUCUCUGGGGCUGAGCAGGACAGCAGCAUCCCCCAUCCACUGCUGCUCAUCAAGUUCUUCCUCAUUGUAUGCAGAAAUAUGGAAAACAUUGAUGCUGAAAAGACACCUGGCUUUGUUUUUGAAACUAUCAAGCUUUUGAAUUACUGUUUAAACCAGCUGAAGAAGGGCGUGGGGGAGCAGGAGCCUCUGCAGGCGGUGAUGCAGUAUGGGCUGCUGCUCUGCGAGGGCCUUUUCGAUCCUUAUCAGCUGUGGAGGAGAUGCCUGGCCGGGGAGGAGGUGAGUCUGCUGGAGAGGAACAAGUACAAGUUCCGCCCUCUGGCCCUGCCCGAAGAGCUGCCCACCCUGUUCCACGAAAGCCUACAGGACAGCGAGAAGAUUCCAGAGUUCCUCACAAUCCAAUUGGUUCAUCUCCGAGGGGCUGUCCUAUGUGGGGCAAAGAGGAACGGCCUGCUCUCCAUAACGCCUCACUCCGUGGAGGAUCUGCUCUGCCUGCUGCGGGCGUGGUGCUGCUUACCUGAACCCAAGGACCCCCGGGUCGUAAGGCUGACCCUGCAGUGCCUGACAGUGGUGAUCCACAUUCUCCACUCCAGCAGCCCUGCAGAGCGGCAGGUGGAGAUCAGGAGCAUUCUGGAGGGCUACUUCACGCUGCUCAACUGGAACCGUGCGCCCGGCACCGGCCAGCAGGACGGGUCGAGCUGGGAGGACAGUCUGAUCAUCCUCCAGAGCCACAUGCUGACGGCGGUGCCUGAGAUCCUGCAGUGCUCUGACCGGCCCGCGCUGCAGGCCGUCUUCCUGAACAACAACUGCUUCGAACACAUCCUCAGGCUGGUUCAGAACAGCAAGCUCUAUCAUAGUAGCAGGCCGGAAAGUGAGCGUGUGUCUGACCUCGCCACACAUUUGCUUACAGAGGUGGAAAUGGACCAGGUGUGGGAGAGAGGAUCGGACCGCAUCACGGUCCAUGCCUUAAGUGUCCUCACAGCCAUAAUGAGUAACUCUCCCUCCGCUAAGGAGGUCUUCAAGGAGCGCAUCGGCUACUCUCAGCUGUUUGAUGUGCUGAAGAGCCAAGGUCAGCCCACCAAGAGGCUGCUGCAGGAGCUGAUGGACAUGGCCGUGGAAGGCGAGCAUGCACACGCCCAUCUCCUGGGCAUCAGCAACGACCAGCCCCUGCUGCUGCUGCUGCAGUGGCUGCCAGACCUCCAGGCCCAGCGCGACCUCCAGCUGCUGGUGGCCCAGUGGCUGGCAGCCGUGUGCGGGGGCCCCCUGUCCUGCCGCACCGUGGCCGUGGAGGCCGGUAUGGUGGGCACCCUGCUGAGGGUGCUGUCCCGGCCCCAGCACCUGGACCGGCAGUGUGCCGACGCCCUGCUGGGGCUGCUGCAGGAUCUGGGCUCCCUGUGUCUGCGGCCGGAGGAGCUGAAGAGCCUGUUGCGGCUGCUGAGGCCGGCGCGGGACCAGGAGAACGGCCCGACGGAGACGCACCCGUACUGCGGCCGCGUUAUCAGGGUGCUGGCGGCCAUGGCGGCCCGCGAGGGCUGCAGCAAUGCGCUGCAGUACUUUGAUCUCACGCCCCCUAUGGCGGGCAUCAUGGUGCCCUCCGUCCUCCGCUGGCCGGGCAGUGGCUUUGCCUUUCACGCUUGGCUGCGCCUCAAUAUGGAGUUCCCGCCGCAUCACGCCUCUAGUAACCCUCCACCUGGCACUACAGCACAGAACCACAUGGGCAAAGGACCCCGCCGGAAACAGCUCUACAGUUUCUUCACAGCCAGUGGGACGGGGCUGGAGGCCUUCUUCACCAUGGAGGGCAUUCUGGUGGUGGCUGUUUGUACAAAGAAAGACUACAUGGCCGUGCCUUUACCAGAGAACCCCUUAACAGACUGCUGCUGGCAUGCGGUGGCUAUAGUCCACAUCCCCGGGCGCCGUCCUUUCGGCCAGAACUUGGUGAACAUCUACAUCGACGGCGAACUACGCAAGACCGCACCACUUCGCCUCCCCUCUCUAAACGAACCCUUCACCUCCUGCUGCAUCGGCUCCGCUGGGCACCGAACCACAACCACCACCACCUCCACGUCCCCCACCCUGCCGACGCCCUCCUCCCAUCCCCCAAGCGACUUUCCCUUCCCGGCCCACGCCCCGGCCAUCACCCGCUCCCAGUCCUUCCCGGCCACCUUCGCUGGGGGCGGGGGUCAGUGGGGGUCUCCGCGGGACUACCCGGUUUACACCAUUCCUGCGGGGCUGCAAGACACAGAGUGGGGCAGCCCCACUUCUCUGGACGGUCUGCUGGGCACCGCCUUCAUCUGCCAUGAAGCGCUGCUGGCCGGCCCAACUAAAGCCCUCUACACUGCAGGGCCAAACCAUGUGCCUUUAUUCAGAGAGGAUGGAGAAAUGUCUGAGCUGAACAGCAAGCUGCUGCUCUACUACACGCCCCAGGCCUUCAAGAGCCAGAUGUGUCUGGACCUGUCCCCCCACCAUGCCUACGACGGCCGCCUGACGGGCCACAGGGUGGUGAACUGGGACAUCAAGGAUGUCCUGAAUGUGGUGGGGGGCAUGGGGGUGAUACUGCCCCUGCUGGAGCAGGUGUGUGAGGCGGAGCAGGCAGACUCCGGGGCCCAGGAGACUUCUGACCUGCUGGGGCCGGAGCUCACCUCGUCCAGGGGCCGCGUCGCCAUGCUGCUCCCCCUGAGCAGGUCCUCCGAGACCAGGCUAGAGAAAAACAGCGUCGCCGCCUUCCUUCUGAUGGUGAAGAAUCUGAUUCGUCACCAUCCUGUCAAUCAAGAGAGCCUGCUGCACUGCCAUGGGCCCAGCACCAUCGGAGCCAUGUUGGCCAAGGUCCCUGGGAAUGUUAUGGAUAUGAACGUCCUGCUGGCGUGUCAGCUACUGGUGGAGCAGGCCUUCAGCGAGGGCAACAGCCCCCUGCUGCACCAGUUGUACCAGUACCUGCUCUUUGACUUCAACCUCUGGUCCAGGAGCCACUUCUCUGUCUGUCUGGCCCAUGUGCAGUACCUGUCCUCGGUGAUCAAGAACGGCAAGCAGCGCAUGCAGCGCAAGUACGGCGUGCAGUACAUCCUGGACACCGUCCGGACACACUACAGCGUGGAGAAGGACGGAAGUCCUCUUGAGGAGGAGAAGCAGAGCAUCGGGACCUCCCUGAUGGCCCUGCUGACGGAGCUCCUUGGGCGUGGGGGCCCUGAGGAGCUUCGUCAGCAGGGCCUGCACAGCCUGCUGGCCUACAUCCUCUCCGCCGCGGAGGAGCAUCAGGUGGUGAGUGCGUUGGAUGUGCUGUAUGAGCUGAUCAGGGGCAGCUCGCCGCAGGAGCAGACGCAGGCGGUGCUGCUGGAGUGGGGCGUGGAGCAGCUCUACUGUCUGCUGCUCAACCCUGCCUUCGGGGACGGUGCCCGGGAGAGGGUGUUCAAGGUUCUCCACUGUCUCCUGAAGAGCGAGCGAAUCAACGACCGAUCAAAGCAGCGGCUGAAGCUGAGAGACAUAGGCUAUUGCGGCCUGGUCUGUAACAUAGGAGAGAUUCCCGUUACCCUGACCACCGUGCGCUUUCUAUACAAGCAGGUCAUGUCUACAGAUAUCAGUCCUAACUUCAGGGACCUGCUGUCUGUGGUCUACCUAUCCCAAAGGGCAGAGCUCUCGGUUCGACUGGACAUCAGUCGCAAGCUCUUCCACCUGAUCCACUCCCACGGGGACUACCUCAGGCAGCUGGCCCGGCAGCCCGGCUGGCAGGACGUGCUCACCAAGCUCUACGUCAAGGAGUCCUACGAGUCCCACGCAGCGAGCCUGGGGGGCUCGGGCACCCACGGGUCCCUGGACGCCCCAGGGGCCCACCCCCCGCUGCGCAGGGACAUGGUGGACCAGGCAGACUCCCUGCCCAGCUACCGGGCCUCUAGGGACCAGUGCCUGGUCGAGGACCUGAAGGCAGACUCCCUGCCAAGCUAUCGGGCCUCCAGGGCCCAGGAGGCCGAGGAGUACAUAGAGGACCAUCAGGAGGACAUCUCAGAGAUAUCCUUCUCAGCCCUUUCCCUGGCACUCCUUCAUGAGGGUGACGGGGUUGACAGAGGUGGUGACGCCAAACUGAAGAGCUAUAGCGACCCCCUCGAUCAUAGCUGCGCUUCAUCUUUCUCCAACGCCGUUGACAUCCCUUCCCCUCUGCCCCGCGAGGAUGGUCUCUACCACCCCCUCUCCCCAUUCGGUGCCUCCCCCUUUGAGAUGGAUUUGGGCGGCAUAGGUGACACCGGCCCCGGGACCCUCACCCCCGGAGGCAGCCAAGCAGAAACCCCCUCCCCCCUGGAUCACAGCAAGGCCUUCCCCCCCAUGACAACCAGGAAGAGCUCAAGUCUGUCAAACGUUCUGGAUGACACCAGCUAUGGAACCGACCCCCCCACGGCUGACACCAUCUCCAACACAUCCAACCUCCAGCAGAGCCCUGAGGAGGAGCUGUGCAACCUCCUCACCAACAUCGUUUUCUCUGUGCUGUGGACGGGCAGCGCGGCCGAGGGCAUGGAGGACGUGGUGUGGAGGGAGAGGGGACAGGUCUUCUCGGUCCUCACCAAACUGGGCUCGUCCUGCCAACUGGUCCGUCCCCCGGAUGACAUCAAACGCAGUCUGCUGGAGAUGAUGCUGGAGUCGUCCCUGUCGGACCUGAGGGAGUCCCAGGGGGUCUCUCUGCCCUUCUGCCCCAGCCUGGUGCGCCUGCUCCGCUUGCUGCAGGACUUCCUGUUUGCCGAGGGCACGGACAACCAUGCGCUGUGGAGUGAGAAGAUCUUUGAGGGGGUGGUGAACCUGCUGGACAGGUUGAAGGCCUGGCACAGCAGCGGCCCCGGCAGCACGGAGCUCCGCGAGAUGGCCCGCAUCGGCCUGCGCAUCAUCACGGGCUACAUCCAGCAGCAGCACCCCCAGGUCUUCGUGAUGGCCUGUGUGAAGCUGCACAGCCUGCUGCAGACGGUACUGUGUCUGAGCUGGGAAGAGGUCUGCUUCCUGCUCGGCCACUUGGGCGCCCCCCUGUGGCCAGCGGGUUCAAAAGACUGCAGCGACGACAACAGGAGCUCAGAGAUUUUCUCUCAGCUGGUGCCCAUCGUGCGGACCCUGCUGGACCAGCACGCCGACCCUGUCAGCCUGCAGAGCCUGCUGCCCAACCUGCCUCCCACCAACGGCAGCCCCAGCUUUGCCCAUGACCUGCAGGCCUUCUGCCACACAGUGGAGUGGCAGAGCUUCUACCAGCACCAGGUCAAGCCAGUCAUGGAGCAGUAUGAGCUGGACACGCUGGGAAGGAGCCAUGACAUCAUGUCAAACUUCUGGAACUCCUGCUUCGACGACCUGAUGAACACGGCCUUCACGCGAGACAAGGACAAAUCAGACAGCAAGCACAAGUUCCAGGAAGCAGUCGUGGAACCCUAUUGGAAGAGAGUGCGCUCUGAGAACAGCAGGUACCUCAACCAACAGAAGCACAGCUCCAGCCAGCAGGGGGUGGUGUGGCGCCACUGGAAGUGUCAGCGCAGGCUCCUGACCAGCGAGAGAGGAGCUUGGGCCUACAAGGUUCAGCCUCAGAUCAACUGGAAGCUGUCGAGCGCGGAGACCUACUCAAAGAUGCGUCUCAAACUGGUGCCCAACUACAACCAUGACACGCACAGCGAGGCCAGCGCCCUGAGGGACAACAUGGGGGCCGACAGCCCUCACAGCUCUGACCUCCUGACCCUGGCUGUGGCCAAGGAGGUCAAAGUGAGCGACAUGGAGGACGACCAGUUGGGGGACGAGGAUGUCAUCUUCUGGGACAACAAGGGUGAGGAGGAGAGCGAAAAGGAGAAGCUGGUCCUGUCGGAAGACUGUGAGCUCAUCACCAUCACAGCGGUGGUCUCGGGUCGUCUGGAGGUCACCACACACCACCUCUACUUCUACGACGGCAGCAGCGAGAAGGAGGAGACUGAAGAUGGGAUCGGCUUUGACUUCCGGAGGCCCCUAUCCCAGCUGAGGGAGGUCCAUCUGAGGCGCUACAACCUGCGGCGGUCCGCCCUGGAGCUCUUCUUCAUAGACCAGGCCCACUACUUCAUCAACUUCAGGAAGAAGGUGCGGAAUAAGGUCUACUCUAGAAUCCUUGGGCUCAGACCUCCGAAUCUUUUCUACUUUGGUUCUCGAUCGCCCCAGGAGCUACUGAAGGCAUCCGGCCUCACGCAGAAAUGGGUGUACAGGGAGAUUUCCAAUUUUGAGUAUCUGAUGCAGCUGAACACCAUCUCUGGGCGCACAUACAACGACCUGUCCCAGUACCCGGUGUUCCCCUGGGUUCUCUGUGACUACACCUCUGAGGUCCUGGACCUGGAGAACCCGGCAGUGUUCAGGGACCUGUCCAAACCCAUCGGGGUGGUGAACGCUCGCCACGCCCAGAAUGUCAGAGAGAAGUAUGACAGUUUUGAAGACCCCACGGGAACCAUGGAGAAGUUCCACUACGGCACGCAUUACUCCAACCCGGCCGGGGUCAUGCACUACAUGAUCCGCAUGGAGCCCUUCACCACGUUGCACGUCCAGCUGCAGAGCGGCAGGUUUGACUGUGCCGACCGGCAAUUCCACUCGGUGGCGGCGGCCUGGCAGGCACGCAUGGAGAGCCCUGCCGACGUCAAGGAGCUGAUCCCGGAGUUCUUCUACUUCCCGGAGUUCAUAGAGAACAUGAACGGGUUUGACCUGGGCUGUCAGCAGCUCUCUCAGGACUCGGUGAACAACGUGCUGCUGCCGCGCUGGGCUACGUCCAGAGAGGACUUCAUCAGGAAGCACCGGAAGGCGCUGGAGAGUGAACAUGUGUCAAGUCACCUCCAUGAGUGGAUAGACCUGAUCUUUGGCUUCAAGCAGAGGGGAGAGGAAGCAGAAAAAGCCCUGAAUGUGUUCCUCCACUACACAUAUGAGGGGGCGGUGGAUGUGGAUGCUAUCCCCAACGAGACGGAGCGCAAGGCCCUGGAAGGAAUGAUCAACCACUUCGGCCAGACCCCGUGUCAGCUCCUGAAGGAGCCCCACCCUCAGCGCAUGACAGAGGAGAACGUGGCCAGACGCCAGGCGCGCAUGGACCCCUCGCCCCCCAACCUCUUCGAGCAGCUGGACAAACUGCGUUCUUUUGUGGAGGUGGUGAGUGACGGCACCCCUCUGGUCCAGGCGGUCGUCCCUAAGAACCAGACACGUUCUAUCAUCAUCCAGGGCUCGGACGUCCUGGUGACGGUGAGCGCCAACGCGCUGGUCGGGACCCACAGCUGGCUGCCCUACGAUAAGAACAUCAACAACUACUUCACCUUCACUAGGGACCCGACUGUCACCAACCCCAAGACCCAGCGGUUCCUGAGCGGGCCCUUCUCCCCCGGGCUGGACAUCAGCUCCCGGGUGCUGGUGGUGUCCAACGACGGGCGCCUGCUGUUCAGCGGUGGGCACUGGGACUGCAGCCUGCGCGUCACCCAGCUGGCCAGGGUCAAGCAGCUGGGCCGCAUCGUCCGCCACAUUGAUGUUGUUACGUGCCUGGCACUGGAUCUCUGUGGCAUCUACCUCAUCUCGGGCUCCAGAGACACCUCCUGCAUGGUGUGGCAAGUCCUCCAGCAGGCGGGCUUCUCAAGUGGGAUCUCUCCCCGGCCGGUGCAGGUGCUCUGUGGACACGACAAGGAGGUCACCUGCGUGGCCAUAAGCACCGAGCUGGACAUGGCCGCCUCCGGGUCAAAGGACGGCACGGUCAUAGUGCACAGUGUGCGUCGAGGCCAGUUCCUGCGGACCCUGCGACCCCCUGGGGACAGCGCUGUGCCUGCCCACAUCUCUCAGCUCCUGGUGGGCACGGAGGGACACAUAGUGGUGCACACAGCCCUGGAGGGACGGCAGACAGCAAAGGGGAGCUUCUCCCUGUUGGUGUACUCAGUGAACGGCCGCCUGCUGUCCAGGGUGGUCCUGGAGGAGGAGGUGACCGCCCUCCACCUAGUCUCAGACUAUGUCAUCCUGGGCACCUUGCAGGGAAACCUACAAAUACGACAUCUAUCCAGCCUGGAUGUGGUGGUGGCCCCUCUGGCCCUGAAGCUGCCUGUGAGAAGUGUGUCUGUGACCAAGGAGUGCAGCCACAUCCUGGUGGGCCUGGACGACGGCAAGCUCAUUGUGGUGGGUUCCGGCAAGCCAGAGCAGGUGCGUUCCGGGCAGUUCUCCCGGCGCCUCUGGGCCUCCACGCAAAGGAUCACCCAGGUGUCGGCGGGGGAGACGGAGUAUAACCCCAGUGAGCAUGCUGGGAUAUGAGACACCCUCCACCUAUAUGAGUGGGGCAGUGUGCGGGAGGUUGGUGGUUGUCGCUCUGUGGAUACUGUCUGCUGGUGGGAAGCCCAUCCAAGGGGCUGACAAGAAGAUCCCUGACAUUCUCCCCAGCCCUAAGCCCCCAGUUGCCUGCCUUUUAUUUAUUUUUAAGAAAGCAACGAAAAAACACUUGGCACUUUUUAUUCUAACUGAAGUGAGAACAAUGUUGAAGUCUCAUCUCCUCCCUUUGCUGAACCACAUACCAUUCCAAAGAGCUUAACGCGGUAGCAGAGGCUAAACUGAGCUGUUGACACAAAAGUUGAGUCACAUUGAGAGGGACCUCGCACUUAGACCAGCUCAGACUCUACAGACAGACAGACAGACAGGACUCCGACUCUACAGACAGGCAGACAGGACUCCGACUCUACAGACGGACAGACAGUACUCCGACUCUACAGACGGACAGACAGUACU